AUGGCACCAGCAUCAUCACCUCCCAGGGCUUUUGCGUUGUCUGAUAAGGUUAAAGACGAGGUUCAUAAACAGGAUGUUUGGACAGUCUUUUCUCCUGCGAGCGGUUACGUCCCAGAGGAUUCGAUUAACUUGGGACAAGGGUUCAUGAACUGGGCCCCCCCGGAGUACAUCCAAGAAGCCGCCAAGAAAUCCAUCGAGGCUAUCGAAACCAACCACUAUAGCAUUCCAAAGGGCCGUAUCCGUCUUCGUCAGGCUAUCUCUAAGCAUUAUUGUGAGUGGAUAUCCAUUUCAUUCGGGCUAUCUUCACCGAGCUUCAAACGCACCAUCAAUCCUGACACGGAAAUAGUCGUUACAUCUGGUGCAAAUGAGGGGAUUUACGCCUUCGAGCUUGCUUUCUUACGGGAUGGAGAUGAAGUCAUUCUCUUUGAGCCAUUUUUUGAUCAGUAUAUUUGCAACACUACUUUCAACGGCGGGGUUCCUGUCUACGUCCCUCUUCACCCCCCAGCGCACUCUAAACACACCUCGGUUAAAGCCUCUGAAUGGAAGAUUGAUUUUGAUGAGGUCCGAGCAGCUAUAACCCCAAAGACGAAGGCUAUCUUUGUUAAUACGCCUCAUAACCCCAUCGGAAAAGUGUUCGACACCGAAGAGCUCCUUAAAAUUGGCAAAAUAGCCGAAGAAUUCAAUCUCAUUAUUUUGGCCGAUGAAGUGUAUGAUGCUCUUGUCUUCAACAAGGAACAUAUUAGGAUCGCUGCCCUCGGUAACCUAUGGGAAAGGACAAUUACCAUCGGCUCCGCUGGCAAGUCGUUCAGCGCCACUGGUUGGCGUGUCGGUUGGGCCAUUGGACCUCAACACCUUGUUCAACCAACUCUAGCCGCCACAACUCGAAUCGUCUUCUGCACCAACUCACCACUUCAAGAGGCCGUCGCUGUGGGCUUGGAAAAAGCCCCUGAGCACAAGUUCUUCGAGCAGCAAACUGCUGAAUAUUUAGAACGCCGCAAAGUCUUCACUGCCGCACUUGACAAAGUUGGCCUACCUUAUACGAUGCCUGAUGGAUCUUACUUUGUGCUCGUGGACAACUCGAGCAUUCAGAUUCCAGAUGACUUUGUCAUUCCUGACAUUGUGAAUCAAGGGCGUCCUCGUGACUGGAUUGUAUCAUGGUUCAUCGUCCAAACCGCUGGGGUCGUUUGUAUUCCUCCAUCUGAUUUCUACUCUCCCAAGCAUAUCCCCAUCGGCGAACAGUUUUCCCGUUUCGCAUUUUGUAAGGAUAUCGACACCAUUCGUGCUGCUGGAGAGCGUCUACUUGCCCUUAAGCCUUAUAUUAAGAAAUAG